AUGGCAUCAGAAAAAGGAUUCUUUUUACUGGCACCAGAUCCAGUGAAGGGGCCGGAGGUCAUCAUCUAUGAAGGCAGAGUGAGCUUCCCCAUCAAGGAGUUCUUCAUCAAGCCCCUGGGCUUCCUCCUGCUGCAGAUCUCUGGGGAGCUGGAGGUCUUGGAGCUGGCCCUGAAUAAGACCAGGACCAGGCAACUGCUGCCAGACAAGUAUGUGUUCAUAGUCCACAACAUGCUGCGCAUCAUAAAGAAGUACCACUUCUUCCAGCAAGGGACCCACGAUAACUCCUCCCCCAUUCCCAGCAACAAGCGGGUCUUCUUGUCCCACCCUGGGGUUCUCUUCUCCUGCGAUGACUCCUACAUCAUAGAGAGCCAGCUGGUGGCCUUGGAGACGACUAUCAGCAACAGGUACCCCAAGUUGUGGCAGAUUGUGCACCCCAAGGGCUCUGUGCUGGAGUGGCUGAACAGCAAUGUAACCAACUACCUGGCCCUGGAUGGGUUCUCCUGGGCUGAUAUCUUCAAGGAGUUCAACAGUGCAACACGCAUGUUGCUUAUGGAGGACAAGAAUUCCGAACUCUACAACAAUAUCUACUGGGCCAGAUACAACAUCCUGUCUUUCAAGGCUAUGUUCAGUGGGCUGCCAAGCCCCGUGGCCCUGUAUGGGGACUGCUGCUCCUACUCCCGAACUCCACGCCUGCAUCUUCCAGCCAACCACUCCCCUGUGUGUGACAUGGCCUCCAUGCUCCGACUCAUGAGAUACAAAAACUUCCUCCAUGACUCCCUGUCGCUCUGUGGCAAUUUCACUCCCCAGCCAAAUGCCAAGAACGCCAUCUUAAUCCACUGGACCUCACUCAAUUCUCAAUGA